GGCGCUCCAGGUAACCGUGAACAUGCGAAUGGUGUGAGGCCUGAGGCCAACGCUGGAAUGCAAUGGGAGCGUACGGCGGUGAGCCGUGAGCGACACUGGGGCUGCACUGCAGUUUUGGGGGAUGUACAUGAGGUUGGCGCAUUUAUCCACAGAGGGAACCGUGAGACGACGGCAAAAUGCCACUGCUUUUUUGACGAUGGGUGUGUCUGUUCGAUGGCGGGUUGUUCCUAUGAGAUGCCAGACGCGGCUGCGCGUAAAUAUUUGCAAUGGGUGAAGACGAGGGGGCACUGGUACGGAAGGAUGGCGUGUCGGGGCCUGGCUAGAUCCAGGUCCAGGACGAAGCCAUACUGGUGUAGUCCUUUUUGACUUCCUUGCUUCAUAAUAGCUUCUUUAGCGUGCGCACCGUGCGCCCGAGGGUGCAAAACGAGACCAUUUUGGGCGCCGUCGUUAUCACACAUACGUCAUAAAUAUUUAUUUUCUGGGCAAAAUACAAUGUCAAAAAAGUCCCUGGGCUCCGCGUCUGCGACGAGCUCACAAGAUGCUGCCUUCGGCGCCAUGCUGGGUGCAUUUGUAGGGGAUUGCGUUGGCGCAGUCCUUGAGUUUAACGACAAAAACAACAAUCCAGAGACCGUCGAUAGAGCGCUCACCGUUCCGGGCGGUGGCGUUUGGGGUGUGGGCCCCGGCCAGAUCACGGAUGACUCGGAGCUGGCUCUGGCGCUGGCGUCAGGCCUGUCUCAGGGCGAGCCUACUGAGGGCUUCCCGGCGGAGCACGUGGCGCAGAGCUAUGGCGCCUGGCUCAACAGCCACCCCUUCGACGUGGGUAACACGUGUCGCACCGCCUUCUCCGCCGCCACUCACCACGACCCCUCGUCGGGGCCGCUGGCGCCCAUCAUGCGGAAACAGGCGCAGUUCUCUAAGGACUCGCAGUCCAACGGCGCGCUCAUGCGCUGCACGCCGCUGGCGGUGUGGGGCGCCCGCCUGACAGACGACCAGUUGGCGGCGGCGGCCAUGGAGGACUGCCGGCUGUCCCACCCGCACGUCGUAACCCAGCACGCCAGCGCGGUUUACCUCAUCGCCGUGCGCAACCUCAUCGAGCGCCCGGGUGACGUGGAGGGCGCCGUGGCGGCCGCGAAGGGCUGGGCCGCGCAGCACGCGUGUGCCGAGGUCAUGGAGUGGCUCACGGACGCGCUGGGCACGGCGCCGGGGCCGGCGGCCAACCGCAUGAUCGGAUUCGUCAAGUACGGAUUCUUCUACGCCUUCCGCCACCUCCACCUGCGCACGCCCUUCCGCACGGCGCUUCGGGAAACGCUGCUGCUGAAGGGCGACACAGACACCAACGCCGCCAUCGUGUGCGGCAUGUUGGGGGCGCUGUACGGCGCCUCAGGCAUCCCUCCCGAGAUGGCCGGCCCCGUGCUGGGCCGCCACGGCCAGCCCGACCAGAAGGGGCCCAAGCGCCCCGGCUGGCUGCAGCCCGGCCGCCUGCCCGCCGUGUUCGCACAGCUGUACGGCAAAGCCACGGGCGAGCCCGUGGACCUGCACUCGCUGGCGGGCGUGCCGGCGGCGGAUGCGGCGCAUGAGGAGGCGGCGCUGGCGGCGGAGGCGGCGGAGGUGGACGCGGCGCUGCGGGUCUAGGCGGGGUACGGCAUCGUGGAGUGGUUUUGUAUGCGGGGAGGAGCGGAGGAUGUGGGCGUGGGCGUGGGAGAAGGGGAGGUGGUGUCGGAGGCAGGAGUGAAUGUGGGAAUGUGCAUGAAGAACACCGAUGGCUGUGACUGUGAGGGUGGAUUCAUGCAUGCGUCGCACCCAAAGAAUUCUUGCGGCCAACAUGUUCAUGCUGAUUUAUACUUCUUGGAGUUGGUCGAUAUUGGACUCUGUCGCAUAUGGUAGUCAUGCAUGCACCUAUUCACGUGCUACGCCAGGGAGCAGUGAUCAGAUUGUGAUUACACUAUCAAGCUGUGACCAGUAGAGCCGGUGCCGAUGCCAGGCACGAACACAAGACAUGCUAGCUUCCAUGGUGGCAUGGCGUUCUUCGCCGUAUAGCCUAGGUUGGGCUUGGUUGAGCGCUUCAGUGAACCUCCUGUACACAUUUCACACGGUCUUGGUUGCCAACGACAUGCCACCAUGGAAGCUAGCAUGUCUUGUGUUCGUGCCUGGCAUCGGCAUCGGACGGGGCCAACCACACCUUGAACAGGACACACACUAGGACACGUGUAACACGGGGCAUCA